CAUCGCUAUUGCUAUUACUAUAUUGCUUCAAACUUCAACUUCAACGUUUGAUAACGACGGUAAAUUAAACAAAUUUUUGUGAAUAGUUUGUGAUUCCAUAAAUUUGGCUAAGCUUUUUCUAUAAUAUAUUAUAAAUAUAUAUGUUUGUUAUGGCGUUUAUAAUACCCGACAAAGUGUUGGACACUUUAAUUUGUAGUUUUUGCCAUAAAUACUUAUAGGUAAAACCCAUAACAGUUUAUCCCAAUAGAGAUGUAGAAUGUGGACGAUGUUCAGUGGCAGAGAACCAAAAAAAUCGUGGAGCAGGUGUUGAAUCGUUAUAUGGAAAAAUUAUUGAAACAUGUUUAUUUAAAUGUAUUAACAGAUUUGAUGGUUGUCGAGAAUUGUUAACAUAUUCUCAAGUUCUCGAUCAUGAAGAGGUAUGCUUGGAAAAAAUCCACAAGUGUCCAAUUUGUUAUGAAGAAAUGACGAGUUUUCUGAUGGUUCGACAUUUUAAUUCCAACCAUAAGGAUGCAUUAUUGGAUUGUCCUGCAUUUGUUUUCAACACGAAUCGUCAUUUAGAAAUGCCUAGUACCUAUAUAUAUCAAGAAGAAGAUAAUUUAUUUUUCCUAUAUAUUAGCUACAGUAAAUCAGAAAAUACAAUAAAAUUAGAAUUGGUUUAUAUGGGAAGUGAGAAACAAUCUUCAAACAUAUACCACCAGUUUACCAUAACCAGUGAAAACAAAGAAUUUGAUGUUAACUUUAACUCAAAACCUUCGUGUGCUAAUGAGUUUUCCGUUGUGGAUGCGUCGAAUAUGUCACACUUAAUAAAUGUUAAGUUUAAGUUGUUUUAUCAAAACUUACAGUUUUUCAGUAUAUCGGAAAAUGUUCAUUCGCCAAGCAUUAAGGAUUCUUUAGAAAAACCGAAAACAAGUCAGUGGAAGCUCCAGUUCUGUUAUGAAAGAACGUAUGACUACACAACUGAAAUUGUUGAAUUUCCCGUGGAAUAUAAUCCACGAUGUUUUAAUUGUAAAGAAAGUUGCCUCUUUUCCUUUUCUGACUCGUAUGCCGUAGAAUAUUAUUACUGUCCUACACGUAAUGAUUUUCUUUGUUUUUGUUGUAUUCAGUGGUUAACUCAUAAAAAUAAAAUCAAAGAACAUCAUUUAUACGUGAAACAAUCGAUUCCAUCAACUGUUACGACACGUUUUUGCAAAUGGAAUUGUGGUGAAAAUUUCAAGUUUUCAAAAAUACUGUCACAUGAAAUCUUCUGUAGACGUUCUCCUACACGCACACAAAAGAAAAUAGUUUUCAACUCUUUUCGUUGUCCUUAUAAGAGAUAUUGUGAAAUUAGAUCGAUACAUUAUAAUGUAGAAGGCCAUUGUUAUUUGGUAUGUGCUUCUUGGUUUCAAUUAGAUAACGUGCUACUGAAGUGUUUGGUGUUCUUAGAAAAUCAGGUUAUACGUUUUGAACAAACAAAGCUAAAUGAGGAAUAUAAGAUCAAAUGUGAAAUAGUCACAGAAGAUACAUUCAGAAGUAAAAUACAAUCAGAAUGGAAACCAAAUGUGCUCUUUUUUUAUGAAAACACAUUGACACCACUAGCAAAACUUCCUCUUUCAACCUCACCCUCACAAUGUAGGGCAAAGAUUUUUUUAAUGAAAAGUGAAUAAAAAUUUAUUAUACACUCACAGACAAAAAUAUUGCAUAUUUUGCGUUUAAAGUACAUAUAUCUUUUUCCUUUUACAAAGUUUUUUACUUUUUAUUGCCAAAUAAGUUUAGCUCGACUAUCCUGCGUAUAUUUAUUGUCAUGUAACUUGCAUAUUGCAGAGUCACGACUAAUUUGCAGAGAAAUUAAUAAAAUAGUCUGAUUUUGCCUAUAACAUUUAAUUAGAAAGAGAAACAAUAACGACAAUAGAACAUUUUUUUACAGCAACAUUGCAACAAUUUAGUACCUAGUAUUUCCUCCUCUAGCUCUAAUGAUUGCCUACAUCCUUCUAGGCAUGCUCCGCAGAAUAUCUUGGAUGGUUGCUCGCGGAAGUCGAUUCCAUUCUUCCUGUGCAGCAAUUCUUAAUUCUUCAAUUGAGUUUGGAGCUGAAUUCCUUGCUCGUAUACGUCGUUUUGGAAUGUCCCAUAUGUUCUAUGGGAUUUGCAUCAGGGCUCAUUGGUGGCCAGUCUAGACCCUCAACCUCAACAUCCUCAAGAUAUUGUACGACUGUUCCUGCGGUAUGUGCACGGGCAUUAUCAUGCAUUAGCACAAAGUUAUCAUACUCAGUGAAGCCGGCAUAAGAAAAAACAUGCUCUUCAAGGAUGUUCCGUAUGUACCAGUUAGCAUUCAUUCGAAUAUUCACCUCAAUAAGCUCCGUACAACUCUCCCAACUAAUGCCACCCCAUAGCAUUAUGGAACCGCCACCAUAGCGUCCAUAGCUAACAUUUUGUACAAGAUUACAUUCUGCGAAACGUUCUCCAGACCUUCUGUAUACUUGAUCACGUCCAUCUGGCUUCCAUAAUUGUAUCCUCGUUUCAUCUGUGAAAAGAACUCUUUCCCAUUGAUGUUCCUUCCAGUUAACGUGGGCUUUUGCAAAGUGCAACCUUUGAGUUUUAUGCCGUGGUGGAAGAAGUGAAACUCCGGCAGGCCGUGAAACUCUGGCAGUCUUCUAGUCACAGUUUUGACACUUUAACUUGUCUUGUGAUCAGUAAUUCAUUUUUGAGAUGGGGAGCUGUAAGUGUACGAUUUCGCAAAGAUUGAAGACUUAAAUAUUGGUCAUCUCUUGGCGUUGUACAUCUUUUUCGUCCUUGACCAGGUCACCAUUUGUAUUCUCCGGUCUCGUUGUAUCGCUUUACUAUACGAGAAACAGUCGACUGAUGGAUAUCCGCUAUCCACGCAAUAUAUUCUUGUCUGUAUUUAACAAUUUUUACACACACUAACUCGCAUAAAUGUGGCAUAUCAGCAAGGAAACUGCAGAAUCGAAAAAUAAAACUCUCCAACUGACAUAUUCUAAUUGACAUUUCAACAAAACAAGACUUGCCAAGUCGUCAAAGCACACUUUUCAUGCUAUGCAAUGUUUGUUAAUUUGUGACAUUAUUGCAUAUUCGGUAUAAAGACUAUGUUUAACCAUUUAUUUAUCUCUAAUAAAUUAAAAUACACCAAAUAAAUAAAAUAAAUAGAUAAAUAAAUAAGUAAAAACAAUACUUAACUUUUCAAAAAUAAAAAAAAACAAAAAGAAACGAUUGAAGAUAAAAUAUGCAAUAUUUUUGUCCUUGAGUACCUAUAUAUUAUGUUCAGUGUGUCGAAUUUAAGAUGAAGACACCCCUAUAUUUCGUCUAUCAAAAUAAAUACAGAUUUGAAAUUUUGCACAGACAUACAUGUUGAUGGUUCACAUUUUUUAAAUAAGUCAACUGAAAUUUAAAUAUUAAGCCUUGAGAUGCAUCUCGGGACAGCCAACAGGGCUUUUCAUUCACAGUCAUUUGUUUCGAGCUUCUGUCGUAUGUUGUAUAAACCGUGUAUAUUAAUAAUCAUACACAAAUUAUACAUAUAUGACAGAAGCUCGAAACAAAUGACAGUCGAUGAAAAGCCCUAUUGUAGGUUUUAGGAUCAUGACUACAAAUACUGACAUAGGUAACUAAAAGUGCGAAUUUUGUCAUGAAAUUUGUAGGUCUGGAUCCCGUGUAUGAAAAAAAGUUGAUUAAUAGCAAGCUGACAAUUUGUUAAUAGCUGAAGGGUGUCUAGUCGGACAAACUUUGAUAUAUGGGAACACUGGAACAGGGGCAGUUUUAAUUGUGGAACAGGUUAAAAAUUUGGAACGGUCAGACCACGAAAACGGCACAUGUAUUUUGUCCGACAGAACUUCCAAUUGAUUUGUUACCCUUUCAUUAAACUCUCAUGCAAAAAUCAGACUGUUAUUUUAUCACCUGUCAUUUGACAUGUUCUACGUGUUCCACUCAUUAAAAUGCCCAUUUGGUGAUAAAUAGCAGUCUGAUUUUUGCAUGAGAGUUUAAUGAAAGUGUAACAAAUAUUUUGUUACACGUCACAUGUAUUUUGUUCUGUCGAACAAAAUACAUGUGACGUUUUCGUGGUCUGACGUUCCAAAUUUUUAACCUGUUCCACAAUUAAAACUUCCCCUGUUCCAUUGUUCCCAUAUAUCAAAGUUUGUCCGACUAGACACCAAGGGCGGAUCCAGGACCGAUUUUCGGGAGGGGCCAUGAGGGGUACCUCCGGUACCCUCCCCAAAAUUUUUUUAAAAAUUAAGUUUACAACGGUGAGUUUUAAGAUACCUACUUUUCACACACUUUUACCGUGUGUGAGAAGUUCCUUAAAACUCACCAUUCCUGGCGUAGUGCCGAUUCCUACACAUUUCUUCGGAUCCAAGUGCAGUUAUUUCAACAAGUUUAUUAUUAUUUUUCCCAAUGCUUCUCUUUCUUGAUUUUCAUUAAUUAUUUUUAGGUUCUCAUAAGCGUCAAUGAACUUGACAAAGUCUUCACGUAUGUUGUUAUUGUGUACUUAUGUAUCUGAAAUUUAGAGAAAGCUGUUCCACGUGGGAUACGUCGGUCGGUUCGUCAAAUAUGACAGAGUAAUAAUUAGUUCAAUUAAUACUUAGUCCUGUCGCCAGUGGGGGUACAACGGCCUCCUUAAUUCAGAUGGACUUAGCCAAGUUUUUUUUUAUGUAUUUUGACCCGUAGAACACGAAUUUUUUGGCUAACAGUCGAUCCGGAUGUCGAUAAGGUUGUUAUAAACAAAGAACUUGAGGAAUCACAUAACAGCGAUUUUUCGCAAAACAAAACAUUUUUUUGUAUUUUUUGGGCCAUUCUAACCAAAAAAUGUUUUUACAAGUUUUUUCGUAGGAUCCAUAGUUUUCGACAUAAACGCGGUUGAACUUUCAAAAAAUCGAAAAAUUGCAAUUUUUGAACCCGAAUAACUUUUGAUUGAAAAAUAAAAUAGCAAUUCUGCUUACCGCAUUUGAAAGUUCAAGUCAAAUUCCAUCGGUUUUGAUUACUUCCAUUGCUAAAAAUUAAUUUUUUUAUUGUUAAACAAAGCUUUAAACACAUAGUGGUUGAAUGAUGUUUUCAAUGCAUUUCUUAUUUGAAAUCGAACGAGUAGGCGCGCAUACAUACAAUUUCUACGUAGAUUACGUACAUUAAAACGCAUGCAUUGGUCACGGGAAACACUUUGUGUUUAUGGCUUUGUUUAACAAAUAAAAACUUAAUUUUUAGCAAUGCAAAUAAUCAAAACUGAUAGAAUUUGACUUGAACUUUCAAAUGCAGUAAGCAGAAUUGCUAUUUUAUUUUUGAAUCAAAAGUUAUUCGGCUCAAAAAUUGCACUUUUUCGAUUUUUUGAAAGUUCAACCGCGUUUAUCUUGAAAACUAUGCAUCCUACAAAAGAAAUUGUAAGACCAUUUUUUGCUGAGAAUCGCCCAAAAAAUACAAAAAAUGUUUUGUUUUGCGAAAAAUCGCUGUUAUGUGAUUCCUCAAGUUCAUUGUUUAUAACAAUCUUAUCGACAUCCGGAUCGACUGUUGCCCAAAAAAUUCGUGUUCUACGGGCCAAAAUACAUAAAAAAUAAUUGGGUAAGUCCAUCUGAAUUAAAGAGGCCGUUGUACCCCCUGGCGACAGGACUAUACUUCACCACAACAUGUUGACUGGUGCUACUAAUGUAUGUUGCUCUAAAGAUGCUGUGGAUAGGUGUUAUUUAAGAGUGUUAUCUCCUGAUGCCAUUUUAAACCUUAACAAUUUCCCCCAUUGCAAGGUCCAGCAUCUUCGUCCAGAAGCAGAAGGUCAUCAUCACGAUGGUUUCUUAGAGAAAUAUUUUAUCGACCUAAGAAAACUAUAGACCCAACUAUUGGUCGCAGUAUUUCUAUAUUUUUUUAUAACUGUUUAGACCUCUUAGACUCUAUCUGGGUAAUGACUGACUUUUGAUGGUUGCGAUAACUUUGUAGAAAAUCCAGCUCAACCUGAACUCACUCCUUGUGGUAUGAUGUUUUUUCAUGGGUUUUUAUGGCUCCGUCUUUGCUCAUGAGUUUGGCAAAAGUCUAGUCCAGAAAAUAUAUUUAUCCCCUGUUUUGUGACGGGCGUGCUAAUAACCGGCAAAAUAGCGCAAAAGACGGAAAACGUAUUAAGUUGUGAGAUAGAAAGAAAUGGAACUAGUCGAGCUGAGAUAUUUAGCGAUAUUAACAUAUAAAUUCACAUUAUAUUGAUUGUUUCCCACCUUUACACGUAUCAGAGGACUAUGUCAACUAAAACUGUCACUGUGACAGUGGCAGUUGCCAAACUCGUCCGAUACGUCUAAAGGUGGGAAACAAUCAAUAUAAUGCAAAUUUUUAGGUUAAUAUCGCUAAAUUUCCCAGCUCGACUAGUUGCAUUUCUUUUUAUCUCACAACUCAAUACGUUUUUCAUCUUUUGUGCUAUUUCGCCGGUUAUUAGCGUGCUCAUCACUGUAUAUGUGAUUGAAAUUAAAAACAUUUAAACUGCAAAUAUUUAAAUUUAUAUUUUUUUAAAUUCUCGGAGGGGGCCAUGGCCCCCUCCCUGGAUCCGCCCUUGCUAGACACCCUUAAGCUAUUAACACAUUUUCAGCAAUCAACUUUUUUUUCAUACGCGGGAUCCAGACCAAUGGUAUGUGGGGUUAGAAUAAUAUUUGAAACAAUUUUUUUAUAUAACUAUCGCGAAGCAAAAUAUCGAAAAUUUUACCCUGUUUGUGGAGUCACAGUAGGCUGUGUUCAAAAUUUAAAUUUCAGUUGACUAUCUUAAAAAAUGUGAACUAUCAAUAGGGCUUUUCAUCGAUUGUCAUUUGUUUCGAGCUUCUGUCAUGUGUCACAUAAUUUUAAUAUAUCUACGUCGUACGUCUUUGGUUUGUAUCAUUGGUAUUACCUUAGACAAGGAAAAAAGAGAGGACGGGUAACACUCAUUUAAAACACACGUUCCAAAAGUGAAGCCAGUUUUUGGUUUGUUUGUCACCAGAAACAUGGCGGUUACGUCAAAAAUAACAAUGGGUUGCCAGUGGUGGGUGUGCGUUGAAGGUUAAAAUUUCAUAAAAAAUAAAGUAAAUCAUCAUCUAAAAUUCGUAAUAAAACAUAUGUAUGUAUUUAAACAUAUGUACGUAAUAUGAGCAACUUAAUAAAACAUUUACCGUACACAAAUUCUUCAUUUUAAAUACAUUUCAUGUUUUUAUUUUAAAUACUCAAUGCAUAACAAUACCCCAAAGAUACGUCGAUGAUCAAAAUCUCUGGUGUCAGUUUGGCUUCACUUUUGGUCAUAGGAUUACUAGUCCUCUCUCUUUCCUUGUCUAAGGGUAUUACCAAUAACGUACGACGUAGAUGUAUUAAUAUUAUGUGACACAUGACAGAAGCUCGAAACAAAUGACUGUGAAUGAAAAGCCCUAUUGUACAAAACUUCAAAUCUGUAUCUCUCUUGAUUCUCAUGAGUUGAUUUUUGGAUGCUGCUCUAUACUCACUAAUGGCAUCUUUGUUUAUAGAGUAGUUUUAUUUCCUCUAACUCUAGGUGUGCUUGUUUUUCUUGUUCUUAGAUUUGUCUUGUCGUAGAAUCGAUUGUAAUACGUUGCUUAAAUUGCGUAUUUACUUAAACAGGAAAUGACGAAUAAAAUUAUUUUAACAAAACUCCUUAAUGUCAUACAGUAGCGAUCAACAGGUAGCCAAAACGCGUUCCAAGAUUGCGGCUGUAAUUUUGAAUAUUUUUUCGAGAUAUUUGGCACACGUAUUCGUAAUAUAAUAAAGAAUGGCGGUACAGAGCCCAAUUUGAAAAAUGUAUUAAUAUGUGGAAAUUACUCUGUAAUUAAAUACAAUAUUAAAAAAACGAGCCUGUACCGCCAUUAAGAAGAACAAAAAAAUACACUUUCUUCAAAUAAACUUUUUUAUCCGAUGCCUAGAUUUUGUGUCAUUUUGGAACUACUAAAAUUUUUUAUUUCAUUAGUAAUUCCAAAAUGACACUAAAUCUAGGGCAUCGGAUAAAAAAGUUUAUUUGAAGAAAGUGUAUUUUUUUAUUCUUCUUAAUGGCGGUACAGGCUCGUCUUUUUAAUAUUGUAUUUAAUUACAGAGUAAUUUCCACAUAUUAAUAAAUUUUUCAAAUGGGCUCUGUACCGCCAUUCUUUAUUAUAUUACGAAUACGUGUGCCAAAUAUCUCGAAAAAAUAUUCAAAAUUACAGCCGCAAUCUUGGAACGCGUUUUCGCUACCUGUUGAUCGCUACUGUUUCCUCUUAAAGUAGGUCAAUAGUCAAUACUGUUAAAAGGCUAUCUUAUUAUAGGCAACUCUAAAUAAUAAUAAUAACAAAGUAUUAAUAGCUAACAAUAUAAAAAGAAGAUGGCUGAUCGUAAGUAAAUUUUGUUAAAAUUCUAUUGUAUUAAAAAUAAUUUAGCUGUGAAAAUUCGCAACUUCUUUAUAAAACUUGUCUUGAUAUCAGUAGGUUACUACUUUUUAAUCAAUCAUCAAAAUGGAUAAGACACUUUUCUUACACACAAAAAACACAUUGCCAAAAUUCUCACGUUCUUAUUUCUUUUAUUAUGAAUAUUAACCACUCUCUCUUUGCAGCAUAUACAAUAAUUGUAUUUACACAAUGCUUUAUCCAUUAUGUUUUGUAUUAACCCUAAUAAAAUGUUUUGAAAGUAAUAAA